UGGUCUCCAAGAAUUCUUUUUGGUUCCAAACUGGAUUCAUCUCUCCUCCACCUGGGGUUCCAGCCAUGGCGCGGUCCCCACACCUUCUCAAGCUGCUGUCGCUCACAGCACUGGGCCUCUCAGCAAGCUUUGCGUGCAGCCUCGCCACGGCUCCCAGGGCGUCCCUGUCAAUUCACAGACCCUUGACGGGGAGGCGGCCGCACAACAGUUGGGGCCGCCUGCGUCCAACACAGGCGAGCGAGUCGACGGCGGUCACAAAGAGCUACUCCGAAGGCACGUGGAAGGAGUAUUUGCAGCUCAACUUGCAGCGUAUUUUCGGCAUCGGCGCAUUCAUCGCGGUGUACUUCCUCCAGCGCGUUUUCGGAUCGCGCACGCCGGUUGGUGGUAUGCUCAUUGUAUUUUUCUCUAUGCUUGGCUUAGAGGCGGUGAACCCCAGCUUGGCCCAGCGAGUCUUCAAGCUCUUGGAACCCGGUUAUCGCUUCCUUGUGAAGUGGCUGAUCGUGUUCUUUGUACCUGCUUUGGUUCGAGUGUCCCUCAUCCAUGCAGAGCUGGGAGUUGGUGGUUUAAUUCGUGUUCUGCUCUUGCUGCUCGUUGGUUGGUUCAUCACCUUUGGCGGUACAGCAGCAGUUGCGAGCGCCUUCCCAGAGGUGGACCUAGAGGUCAACACCCCGACCCCAGCUACGACAGAGCCAAAGAAGGAGCCGGAGAAGCCACCUCCAGCACCCGUCCGCUUUCCCUACAUUCGCUUUGUGGUCGGCAUGGCAGUGGCAUUGGUGGCGGCCAGCUUUGGCUUUAAGCCUGGACUGGAUCAGACGAUCUUCAUGACCUGUGCUGCCUUGGCUGGCUUUACUUUGGCGAAGCGCUUGCCGGGCAACGUGCAGAAGUUCAUCCAUCCGCUUUUCAUUUGCGCAGCCGCCACUUUUGCAGCUGCUGGCCUGUGGAUCUUUCUGGAACACCCAGGAUUGCAUACUAUGGACGUGAUUCGGAUCUAUAGCGAUUGGCCGGGCGGUGGUGCCUUGCUCUACUUUCUCCUGCCUAUCGCUGUUGUGUCCUUAGGGCUUCUGCUCUUCGAAAACCGCUUGCUGAUCCGCAAAGACUUGGGUCCCAUCUUGGCCACGGCUGCUUUCAGCUCGACCCUGACCAUAGGCUCUGCGCCGCUGCUGUCAAGGCUCUUCCACCUGCCGCGGUCCUUCGCGCUUUCCACCACUGCCCGCUGUGCGCUCUCGCCGAUUGCCAUGGGUAUGGCUAGCAUCUUGGGUUCUCCACCACCCAUCGCCGUGGCCAUGACCACCUUCUCAGGAGUCCUGGGCGUGAUGCUUGGCCCCACGCUCUUCAAAGUCCUGAAGUUGCGGAAAGCUCGCGCUCGUGGCUUGGCUUUGGGCUGCUCCUCCCAUGGUGUGGGCGUCGUGCCCAUCGCCACCAGCGAUAGGCAAGCCUUUGCCUAUGGAUGCGUGGGGCUGAUCUUGAUUGCGACAAUGAACAUGUUGGUAAUGCAAACACCAUUUUUCCGGAAGCUUGUUCUCGCCGCCAUUCCGCCGUGAGACAA